CUGUCACUCAUACGAAGCAUGAAGCACGUUUGUGUUCAAGUUUAGAAUUAGACUAGCGAACUCAAACACUUUUAUCGCAUUUACAACCUAAUUAGAAUUACCUCCAUUCUAAACCACCUCCAACCAUGCCUCCACCGAAGGCGAAACUGCACAAAAACACCGGCAAGCUCAAAUCGAUUCCGAAGCCUUCGGGAACACCCCCACGACCAGCACCGGCCUCGUCCAGCAAUGGAACUUCCACGGCGAGCGACGCAGCGGGACCAUCCGAAGCCGACCGACAGUUUGAGCUGGAGCUGUACUGGUGCAUACAGCAGCUGGAGAACUCGCUGAGCGCACCCCACAUCCGGGACAACAGCAAGAAAGUCGAGGACACCCUCAAACUCAUCAACACGCUCAAAUCGCCGAACCAGCCGCUGAUCAAGAAGCGUCAAAUCAUGCGGACCAGCUUCGGUGACUACCGGGCCAAGAUGGCCGAGGAGGAGCGCACGAUGGCGUUGGCCGCCGGAAGCGUGGGCUUCGACGCGCCCAAGAAGAAGGCCAAGUAUCACUUUGUUAAGAAGGCCGCCGUCCUGUCGGGGGAGCGCGACUUUCGGUUCAACUUUGCCAACAUCCAGCUGGACGACGGGGGAGAGGGAAGUGGCGGUGCCAAGCGUGAGGAAAAUGGUGCGCCGGAGGCUACGGAACGUGUGGUGGUGCCCGGGUGUGGAGUGAUAGCGCCGUCGGAUAAUACGUUUAGAUUUAAUUUUUCGGUUGAGAAUUAGGGAUAUUUGAAGAAGAAAUGUUUAUACAGAA